UAGUUUACUCAAUCAAUUUCAUGGACUUUCGACUUAGUAAUCCUACCAUAAAAAAAUAAUGAGAAAACUUGGAUUGCUUCUUGAAUUCGGGACGUAAAAAUAAAUUGGCAGAUGUAAUAGACGCCAAACGAAAAUGGUUACGCACGCCGAAAUUAUUAUUUUGUUAAAUAUAUUCAUGCAAGUCUACUCAACAGAAAAACUAUUUUCUCUGUUUCACCAGGAUGUCGCGAAGCGUUUUGAUAGAGUACGGAACGUGCACACUGAGAAAGUAGUAUGGAAUGAUUUAAGAAACAAAAAUGUCAAGUAUUUCAAAGAGGGUGUUGGAAAAGAAGAUUCUCCGAUGGGUUACUUUAUUCAUGUAAUUCCUAAGAACCAAUUAAACACCAGACGAUUGUUUGAAUACAACCGACAUGAAGGCGAGAGUGUGAUUGGUGUCCCAUCAAACGAGUGGCAUCUUCCCAACGCAGAGCCAAUCUUACCUGGCCACACGCUGAUAAGACCCACGCUAGGAAUGCUAAAGUCAGCAGUGACGUUCCCUCACGUAGAAAAUGAUAUCGGAAUUUACGGAAAUCCAAGUAAUUUAGGUAUUCGAUACGGUGGCAGAAGUGGUAGAAUACUCUACAGCAGCAAUAGAAGAAUGUUUUCAGAUUACCCCGAGGUGAAUCCCAGGCCUACUGAUUCGACGACAACACAUCCAAAAUCUAAAUUCUAUCUCGUACCUGUUAGUUUAGACUCGGUGAGGGACAGCAAAGCAAAGAAAUUGAUCAUUGGCAUAUUCAAUAAGAUAAAUCCUAAACGAAACUACCGGCACAGGUAAA